AUGGAAUCUCCUUUUUCCCCUGAUCAAAUAAUAAGUUUGGGUCCUCAUAUAGAGGCUACACCUUAUCUUACCCUUCAAAGGGUUGAACAAAAUCAGAUGAUUCUUAAAGAUUUAAAUUCCAUAAUCAAAUCCAAUCAUUAUACUAAUUCCUACCUUGUUUGCCUAGGAGAACAAUUUAUUUCUCUAGAAAAGGAACUCUUAUCCAUGAAGGACCUUUUAGACAAACAAAUAGCUCGUCAAAAGAUUAUCAUUGACCUUAUUAAUAAGCCUAAACCUCAAGAACAAGCUUCUACAUCUAAUAUUUCAGAUGUUCCUAUAAUUCCACCUAUUAUUCCUAUAGAAGGAUUUAAAAUGGAAACUAACGAGAAAUGCUAUUAUAAGUGUCCUUCUCCUCAAGAUUUACUUUUUGAAGAACCUGAACCCUUCCAAAAUUCGUAUUCUGGAAAAGUCACUUAUGAAUGGAACAUUGAUGGGUUAAAUGACAAACAAAUCCUUGAUAAAAUACAUAGAAUGAUUAUGUAUUCCACUGUUUGUAAACAAAACCGAAAUUUCGACGGAGAUAUUGCCACCUUUAUAUCCACUGGAUUUGUUGGUCAAUUAAGAGGCUGGUGGGAUCAUUAUCUCACCGAUAGUCAGAAAAAGGAUAUUCUUGACCAUAAGAAAAUGAUUAAGUCCGAAGCUCCUGUAAUCGGAGCAAGUGGUGUUGCCACCACAGGCAAAGAAGAUGCGGUUUAUACACUGUGUCUCUUUAUCCUUCAGCAUUUUGUUGGAACCAAUAUCCCUAUUGGAGAAAAAAUUCAAACUCUACUCCAAAAUCUAAGAUGUCCUUCCCUUACACAUUUUAGAUGGUACAAACACACAUUUUUGUCUAGAAUUUAUCAAUUAAAAAACCCAAAUUCUAUCCAUUGGAAAGUCAAAUUUAUUGAUGGUUUACCCCAUUUCUUUUCUGAAAAGGUUAGACAUUCUUUAAGAAGUAAAAAUGAUGGGAUAAAUACUAACUGUCCUGAUCUUACCUAUGGUCAAAUUAUAAGCACUUGUGUUAAUGAAGGAUUAACUUUAUGUAAUGAUAUUAAGCUUUAA